ACCUUUUUGAGCAGUAUGUCGGAGAGCCCAGCGACUCUGACCUUCAAUCAAACCGUCAAGGGCAUAUGCGAAUUCUUGGAAGUCGCCAUCCACACCAUCCUCUACGUCCGACAAAUAUACCCCGCCGACCUCUUCGUGAGACGGAAGAAAUAUGAUACCCCAGUAUUCCAGUCAAGACAUCCAGGCCUGAAUGAGUACAUAUCUGGCGCCGUGAAGGCGGUGGGAGAAGAGCUGGUUCAGGGUACGGUAGCCAAGGUCGUCGUAGUGAUCAAGGACAAAGAGGAUGCGCCGCUUGAACGCUUUGUCUUCGCCCUGGAAAGUAUGAUAGAGGUCGAGGCGUUCAAUAAGGAUACAAGUGUCGUAGAUGCAAUGAAGCCCGCGAUCCUCAGCCAAUACUUCCGCUCCUUCCUCGUCAAGCUCAACAUGAUUGAGGCACAGCUUGGGCAGAUGUACCUGAGAGACGAUGUCUCUUUCGCCAUCGUCCUCGAGUUGAAAGACGACCAAGCACCCACGGCGGCUGUGAACAAGGGUGACCCACCGCCAUGGCUUCCGGCCGAUGGCAGUCUCACUACUGCAGGCGCAUCCGAGGAAGCGCAACUGCACGUCGUCCGGGCGGUAAAUACAGGCAUCAUCAACCUGUCGCUCACCGUCCAGGAAUCAGACAUCAAGCUACGAAGAGAGAAAGAGCUUUACGACUCAUGAUGGCGAACUUGCCUCACUCGACUUCUUUGGACAUUACACCUGGAACCUCCGUAACCAUAUCCGCAGCCUCUCGCUCACUUCUUGUC